GUAAAAUCCACAUGCAAAAGAGGGUGAAGGGAAUCUGGCAGAGACGUCAAGUGAAAUUAUUAGAAGGGCAUGGAGUUGAGUUACAGUCUGCAUUGUCUUGACAAGGCUGAUUUUAUGGGCUACUUUUCUUUGUAUUGAAUUCAGAGGACGUGUCAUUAUGCAUCACCAAGCCGCAGCUCCAAAGGCAAGAGGUGAUAAUUAUCUGAGCAUAAAGGAUUCGGAAUCCCUUGAUAGCUAUAUCCAGAAUACGCUUUCUUCUCUCUACCCUCCUUUUGAGGCUACUGCUGCUACUGUUCUCUGGCAGCUUUUCAGCAUUGUUGAAAAGUUCUACCGUGGCGAUGGUCUCAGAUGUCUAAUUGAUUUCCUUGUCCCUGCCAAGAGACUCUUACAGUGCAUCCAGCGGGAAACCUGUGGCAAUUAUACUGGCCUUAUUUUCUAUCAUGAAGGAUGGCCAUUGUGCAUCCAUGAGAAAGUCGUAGUACAGUUGGCCUCUCUCCACAAAGUCCGUUUAAAACCAGGGGAUUUUUACUUCCAAAUCGUGCCAGGGGGAAAGCAGUCAGCCAGCCUAGUAUUAAAAUGCCUCUCCAGACAUGGGCAAGGAAUGGAAGAAAUCAUUGUACCUGAAACCAUGUAUGGCUAUAUUUUCACAGCAGAAUUUUUGGAAAAUGUAAAUUGUGAACGGGGCGGCUGUCCUUUGCAGAGCUGCCUGCUGACCACGGGUCCGGCCACCUAUAGGACUCCUUGGAAGAAUAUCGUGAAUCCUAUCUUUAUUCCAACAGCUGAACCACUCCUGCAAAACUAUUCUGGUAAUUCUCUGCUUGACAAGUUAAUCCUCCACAAUCCUGAUGCGAAAGCCAUGGCUCAGACCAUGGAAAGCAGCAGCUCUCGCGAGAGCUCCGCAUCUAAUGACACAGGCUCUACCACAAUAGAGGUGCCACUGGUAGACAAUCACAGCAAGCAAAGCAACGGCAAUUCUGUUGGCCCUGAAGGCCAGGCUGCAGUGGAAAGCUCAGAAACGUCAGCCGAGGAUGGGAAAGGUGAUGAACCAAGUCCAAGAACGCUUUCUGGAGGAUACCCACCUACGGAUCCCAUUUCAGGCCAAGCCACCAGGGAACCUGAAAAGAUGGUUGAGUUGACACAAGAUUUUUUGAAAGACAAUGCAUCAAAUCAUCCGCUAGCGAAAAGGAAUGGUGCUAGAAGCAUAACGUUUGGUACCGAUUUGAGCAGCCCGCGUCAAAGAGGUCGGGAUUCUGUGUAUUUUGAAACAAAACGUUUGUUUAGAAAGUCGUACAUAGAAGCAUUGCAAAACCCAAUGAACCUGGGUUCUAGCUCUGAAGAAUCGAUUGCAGAAGAACUUUCAGGGCACGUAAUGGAUUCAGGAGAGACAGGGAAUGAUUCCAGGGUCACUGGGAGCAAAAUAUGUGGGAAUUGUGUCGAGCAGGAGAGCUUCUCAAGCAAAGUACGGGCAGGAGGGGAUGAACCAAAAGAGGGCGUUAGGUUUGGGGAUCAUUCCCAAACUUCAGAAAAACUGUUUGUACCUCAGGAAACUUCUUCCAUGGCAGGCUGCAGGGCAGAUUCAAGAAGAUCUCGGUCUUUAGAUAGGACACUUAAGAGUUCACAAAGUAAAGAUUACAACCCCAGGGCUUCCUCAGAUGGAAUGUUUGGUGUAAAUCCCAAAAAGCUCUUAAACGGACAUCCUGUACGGCUGGAGGAACUGGAUUCACACUUCCAUGAACUUACCUCGUCGGAAAACCAAAAAUCCAGCCAAGAGGAUGCAGACCCAGCAAGAGACUCCAGAAUCGGUUUCCAGAGUUGUGAGUCUAAUGUAAACGUGACACCUUUACUGCUUCGACGUGAGAAUGAACUCUCAGCAAAUAGUGGGGAUCCUGACUGUAUGUUUCCCAACCAGUUGCUUGAAGUGAAUCAAGAAUUAUUGCAGUCCGGAAUAAUAACUUUAUGUGGAAACAGGGACCGUGGUGGAAGAGCGGUGGUGCACGUCUGCAUUAAGAAUGGUGUGUGGUUAAGUGAGCAUUCCAGAGUCCAGGAGCUCACUCGACUUCUGAUAUAUCUCUACAGCAUCCCCAGAAAGGAGGUCCGUGCUUUGGGACUGCUCAUUUUAGUGGAUGCUCGCAAAAGUCAGAACGUACCUGUCUUUUUCAAAGCCUUGGCAGCAUUACAGGGUGCGGUCCCUCACUCCGUUUACAGUGUUCUGAUAUUGACUGAUAAGGAAUCUACAUUUAAGCCUGACAAAGAGAUUACUUUUCAGUGUGAAGUUCUCACAUCACUGAAGGCCUUGCUUAGGUACCUUGACUGCACCCAGUUGACAGCCGAGUUUGAUGGAAUUUUCCCCUACAAUCACAAUGACUGGAUACGUUUCCGAGGGAAACUUGAGCCAUUUGUUACCAACUGCCAAGAAGCCGUUGUUUUCUUACAGUAUUCUGUACGUUCACUCAACAAUACCCGAACACCAGUCACUGCACAGGAGGCAAAUGACUUGAUACACAAACACAAGUCAAUGAUGAAACUGGUUCUGGAAGAGGAACUGUUGGUGACCUUAAGACUUGAGGGUGGGACAAUCUUGGCAAGACUUAGAAAAGAGGAGUUCUGCAAUACAGAUGAUUAUCGAGAUGCCAUGGAAACUGCUACAAGGCUAUAUAAUCAGGUAGACGAGGAAGUUCAUAGGCUGGUUCUGUUGUCUAAUAAGCGCUUGCAACAACUGGAGAAUUUCUUGGCAAUGAGAAAAUUUGAAGAAGGCUGUGAUCAGAUAAAAGCUUGGUUUGAAAAUGAGAGCAAGAAAUAUUUCAGCCCUUUGGAUCAAGAACAGCUCUCCCUCGAAAAUGUGAAAAAGAAGCAGGAAGAAUUCCAAGGUUUCCAUGAGAGAGCAAUGCAAUACUCCCAGAGGGGACUACAGCUCAUCAAGGAGAAUUCCGCAUUAAACUCUGAAGAAGAAUUUCAAGCCUUCAGCAGGUAUCUGAACAACAUCACCAUUCAAACAGAGAAGAGGAGAAGGGAGCUAGAGAAGCUGGUCAAGUUAUAUGAAUUUUAUGAAACGGCUCACAAGUGGAUGGUUCAUUGCAAUGAGUAUCUUGAGCAUCUUUCAGUGGAAGCCAAAUUUUCCCAAUCGGCAAUUCAGUGUUUGCAAAGUUACCACCAAGAAGCUACAAAGGUUUCUGCAGAGAACUUUCAAAGAGUCAAUGAAGUUAUCAUUGCCCUGGGUAGCAAAGAGGAACUAAAACUGUGGAAUAUCUUAUGGCUGAAAUGUCAACAGGCCAAGCACCACUUAGAAGAAGUCCUUUCUGAAGCACUUAAAGGUUCCAGCAAAGAAGAAACCAGCAGUGCGCUCAAGGAGACUGGCCAAAGGGUUAGCCAUAGACUGGGAUGCGAAUCUGCAACUCCGCACUGUUGUGGUGCUAGCACUGACGAUAGCCUCUGGGAUACUAAGUCUCUCUGCACAUUUCAGCAGGGCAGCCUACCAGUGGGCGUCCCUUUUGUAAACCAGAGGGAUGCCACUCAAAUCUCAGAGGCGUUUUCUCCUGUUAACCCUUCCCAGUGGCAAACACACACGCCACUGUUGGGUAGGUUUCAAAGGACUAGCUGUGAUUCAGAGGAUUUGGACAACAUCUCCACCUGCUAUUCGGAGCCUGUCCAAACACCCACCACCCGUCACAGGAAGCACCCGCUAAAGAAGAUCAUGAAGAAGACGCAGAGUUUCGAACUGACCCGAAAUGAAAGCAACCACUGUGAACAGCUUCACCCAGGAUAUACAGGUGUUUACAUCAGAGGACUGGAGGUAGCCAGUAAUGUUGUUGCAGAGAAGAGACACACGCAGCGGUCAAAUGUUAAAAGCCCUUUGAUUGGUAGAAAUCGAAGCUUAUCCUCUCCAUCCAGAAUUCCCCAUGUGGCAGAAGAAGAAGAGAAAAAAAGAGCAGGAAGUAGCAAAGUGCACCAUAUAAUGGAUGAAAUGAUCACAACAGAGAGGGAAUAUGUCAGAUCCUUGGGCUACAUCAUUGACAGUUAUUUUCCAGAAAUGGAAAGGAUUGACUUACCUCAGGACUUGCGAGGGAAACGAAACAUAAUCUUUGGGAAUUUGGAAAAACUCUAUGAUUUCCAUUGUCAGUAUUUCCUGAAAGAGUUGGAACGUUGUACUGACAACCCUCUGCGGGUCAGCCACUCUUUUCUCAGACACGAAGAACACUUUGGGAUGUACGCAUUGUACAGCAAGAACAAGCCACAGUCGGAUGCUUUACUCACCAGCCACGGGAAUGCCUUCUUCAAAAAUAAGCAGCAGGAACUGGGUGAUAAAAUGGACCUGGCUUCUUAUCUGCUGAAACCUAUCCAGAGAAUGAGCAAGUACGCUCUGCUUUUGAAGGACCUGAUCAAGGAGUGCUCAGCGGCGCAAGAACAGGAGCUCAGCGCCCUCCGUGCUGCUGAAGAAAUGGUCAAGUUUCAGCUUCGCCAUGGGAAUGAUUUGCUUGCAAUGGAUGCCAUCAGAGGAUGUGAUGUCAAUCUGAAAGAACAAGGGCAACUGAUGUGUCAAGAUGAGUUUAUCGUUUGCUGUGGCAGAAAGAAGUAUUUGAGACACGUCUUUCUUUUUGAAGACCUCAUCCUGUUCAGCAAAACAAAAAAGAUCGAUGGAGGAUACGACAUUUACAUGUACAAACAGUCAUUCAAGACAGCUGAGAUUGGAAUGACUGAGAACGUUGGAGACAGUGGCCUAAGAUUUGAAAUCUGGUUCCGAAGGAGGAGGAAAUCCCAGGACACCUACAUCCUUCAGGCAAAUUCAGCCGACACAAAGAUUGCAUGGACUAAUAUCAUCGGCAAGAUUCUUUGGAGGCAAGCAUUGAGAAACCGAGAACUCCGAAGGCAGGAAAUGGUGUCCAUGGGCAUAGGGAACAAACCGUUUAUGGAUAUCAAACCCAGUGAUGCAGCUAUAAGCGACAGAGCAAUCGACUACAUCAUGAAAGGAGCAGAGUCAAGGACUCGUGCCUCGAUAGCUGUUUCUUCAUUUGACCACUCCACGCCGUUUAAGAGGCCUCAUUCCACCAUUUCCAACAGCAGCACGUCUUCCUCGAGCAGCCAGUCCUCCUCUUCUAUCCUGGGCUCACUAAACCUGCACGUGUAUUCAACGCCAUCUCAUCCCGGCUUAGCUGGCCCGCCCUUCUAUCACUGGUCAUAUGACGUCAGGACCUGCAUUGAGGAAGAUGAGCUGGAGCAGGAAACUGGGAGCCAGCCCUCCAUGAUUACCGAGAGUUCUGAAUCAUCCCAGUGCACAUCAGGUGAAAGUCUAUGCGGGUUCAGCGGCUCUGCCCAGGCUGGGUUCUCUUCGCUCCCCACAGAGGCAUUUCUGGAUGAAGAAGGGGCCUCCAGCUCUGGUUCCAAGCCUCCGUCGCAAUGCACGUCGCCUGCCCUCUCGGAGAAGAACCUCAGAUCGAAAGCCAGCCCUCAGUAUAUCACAGCUAACAAAACCUCUCAUAUUUUAGGCCUUUCAACCAUGGUUUGACACAGACAAU